UGCUCGUCCGCUAUGCAUCGCUCAAUCGCCAGGCUCGUCUUGCUCCUUGCCAUUGCCGCCGUGUCCUGCGGCUUCUUCGUCGUUGCCCAUGCGAGCUGCUGGCCGCACGAGAGGGACGCGUUGCUGGCCUUCAAACAAGGCAUCAACGACACCGACGACGUCCUGGCCUCGUGGCAAAAACGGCACCAUGACUGCUGCCAACGCUGGACAGGCGUCACCUGCAGCAACAAAACCGGCCAUGUGACCGAGCUCGACCUUGGUGAAACGGGUUUGGUCGGCCAGAUAAGUCCUUCCUUGCUUUCUCUCCAGCAUCUCGAGUACCUGGAUCUCAGUUUGACAUACCUGCAUGGCCCUAGUGGUCAUGUUUUCCCUGAAUUCCUGUGUUCUUUACACAACUUGAGACAUCUCGAUCUCUCCUACAUAUCAUUCUCUGGUAGAGUGCCUCCUCAGCUAGGCAACCUUUCAAAGCUGGAGUACCUGGAUCUCGCCUGGACAUCCCUGCAUGGACUUAAUGGUCGUGUUUUCCCUGAAUUCUUGUGUUCUUUACACAACUUGAGACAUCUCGAUCUCUCGAACACACUCUUUUCUGGUAGAGUGCCUCCUCAGCUUGCCAACCUUUCAAAGUUGGACUACCUUGACCUCUCCAGAACGCUCUUGUCCGGUAUACUGCCGCCUCAGCUCGGAAACCUUUCAAACUUGCGACACCUUGGCCUCGAUUCCAUGGAAAAUAUACACACAGCGGAUAUCUCAUGGUUAACGCAUCUACGCAUCCUAGAAUAUGUUGAUUUGAGUGACAUAAAUCUCAGCGCCGUCGAUGUGUUCCUUGUGGCAAACACAAUUCCAACUCUAAAGACCCUUAUUCUUAUCAACUGCUCACUUCCAAAUGCAAACCAGACGCUCACACACCUAAACCUCACAAAACUUGAGAACCUUGAUCUCUCCAUAAACUAUUUGGGCCAUCCAAUUGAAACCUGCUGGUUUUGGAACUUAAAAUGCAUCAAGCACCUAGCACUAGUUUCAACCUAUCUCUAUGGCCCAUUCCCUGAUGCGCUAGGAGAUAUGACAACCCUCCAACACCUAGCGUUCAACGAUAAUGGUAAUUCUGCCACAAUGACGGUAGACUUGAAAAUUCUCUGUGAUCUAGAAACCCUAUGGCUUGAUGGUGGCCUCGCGCUUGGGAACAUAACAGAAUUUGUAAGGAAGCUGCCACAAUGUUCGUCUAGCAAAUUGUUCUUCCUGAGUUCGUCUGACAACAACAUGACAGGAACAUUGCCAGAUAUGGUGGGGCACUUGACCAGCUUAAGAUAUCUUUACCUUUCUAAUAACAGCAUUACUGGAGCCAUACCAUCUGGGUUAAGGAAACUCACUAGUUUGGGCACGCUACAGCUCAGUUUGAAUCAACUAACUGGCCAGAUACCAAUGUUACCAAGAAGCCUCACCGAACUGGCCAUCUCUAUGAACUCCUUGUCAGGACCUUUGCCAUUAGAUUUUGGAGGUCCAAAUCUUACACAACUAAGUCUGUCCUCCAAUUACCUUACUGGUCAUGUUCCUAAGGCUAUAUGUGAAUCGAAACGCUUUGCUAUAUUGGAUUUAUCCAAUAACCAUUUUGAGGGAGAAUUCCCGCGUUGUUCUGCAAUGAGCAUUGCAUUUCUACUCUUAAGUAACAAUAACUUCUCCGGAAAUUUUCCAUCUUGGCUCAAGGCCAGCCAUUUUCUGAUUUUCCUUGAUCUUGGGGUGAACAAGUUCCACGGAAUGUUACCUGCGUGGAUUGGAGAAUUGGUGAACUUGCGAUUCCUGCAGCUAAACCAUAACAUGUUUUACGGGGAUAUUCCAGUCAACAUCACAAAUCUUAAACUACUUCAAUACUUCAGUUUAGCGAGCAACAAUAUAUCAGGAUCAAUUCCGUUGUCCUUGUCCAAAUUAACAGCAAUGACCCUAGACCAUCCGCCGAGAUUGGAGUCUAAUUGGUUAGAAGAGGAAAAAGAAGAGGAAAAAGGGAAGGAUAUUUUAUCUGUGGUGAUGAAGCAGCAGGAGCUUAAAUAUGGCACAUCUGCAUUUAACGAGAUGGUCAGCAUUGACUUGUCACUCAACCGCUUAACUAGUGAAAUUCCAAAUGAGAUAGGUUCUCUUAAUGGAUUGUUGAAUUUGAAUCUAUCGAGGAAUCUCCUGAGCGGGAAAAUUUCUAUGAAGAUUGGGUCUAUGAAAUCACUAGAAUCGCUGGACCUCUCAAGGAACAACCUUUCCGGUGAAACCCCAUCAAGCUUGUCAGAUUUGACGUAUCUAAGCUCCUUGGACUUGUCAUACAAUAGUCUUGCGGGAAGAAUUCCGACAGGAGGUCAACUUGACACCCUCUACAAUGAGAACCCGUUCAUGUACAGUGGCAAUAGCGGUCUUUGCGGGCCUCCUCUUGAAAAGAGUUGCCCAGGCAACGAUGAGCCUGAGCAUGGUAAUCAGCAUCAGGGAAGUGAAAAUGGUUAUGAUCCAGUGUUGUUCUUCUACUUUGGGCUAACAGCUGGCUUUUUGGCGGGACUCUGGGUUGUUUUAUGUGCUCUACUGUUUAAAAGAUCUUGGAGGAAUGCUUAUUUCCGCCUCUUCGAUAAGCUAUAUGAAAAUGUGUAUGUGUUCUCCGUUGUUACAUGGGGAAGGAUAAGCAGUAAGGCAACUGCAAGUUAACUUGUGUGCCAAAUCAAAUAAGGCCGACCUGGUGCUGGUAUCAUUCUACUAUUGAAGUAUAUGAAUGCAUAGAGGUAUUUAGUAGCUUGUAUAAGUAUUUGUGUAAUACGAACUUUUUUAUGUAUGUAUGUGACUGUUAUUGGUCUGUAGUCGUGGGCCAUGUCAACCCCAGCCGUUUUGGCUCGCUGUUAUGUUCCCUUCCUUGUUGAUGUUUCGCAAUCUGGAACUGAAUGUGUUGUAACGGUAGACAAAAACGAGCUGAAAGCCCAGCAAGUAGAGGAGAAUGCACGGCAGCGCGAGAGCGGCGCACCCACCACGCGACCAAUCUAGAUCGGCAGGCUGCACGCGUCGCCAGAGCCUGCUCGUGCCCAGGCUCUCUUGCUCACAUCGCGCAACCUUGUGUCAUUCCGGCAGCUGCUGGACGCGUGUUGCUAUCUGAGGUAGCAUGCACGACAGGCAACACUAUCAACCUGAGGACCGACCGCCUUGAAGUUGAAGGACCCCCAGUUAUGCCUGAAGGGUUCCUUGCACUUCAGGGCCCUUUAAAUUUCAACUAAAGAGCCCGAACUGGGGCUCAAAACAGAGCAAAUACCUGAACAUGUUGCUGCAAACGAGGAUCUUAACGGGUAGGGCGAUGAUAUCGCAGAGUAUUAGGCUGUGACAGAGCACCCAUCGGUCUCAAUGUGUCGCUCGGUUGCUCAGAUCGCCUUGGUCCUCCUAAUCGCCACCGCCGUCCUCUUCCUCGUCGCCGCCGACACGGUGCAGCUCCACC